CAGUUUAAAUUCAGAGGUCUGCAGAUGGGAAAACAGAAGAAGAAGAGGAGAGUGAGUGGAAGUAACUGGAGUGACUUCAGCAUUGCUCUGAGCUUCACUAACCUAGCUGCGGAUUGCUGUCUGAGGAUCUAAGCAUCACUCCAGGAAUUUACCAAGGGUUUGCAAACUAUUCCACAAGGAUCAGUCAUCAUGAAAAUCGCGGUGCUUAUCUUGUGUCUUUUCACCGUUGCCUUUGCCUUACCAAUCAGCAAAUCGAGACAUCAUGACGAUUCUAGGAGUGCAGAAAGAAAACAUGACUCCAGAGAAAAUGAAGCUUACGCACACCAUCAUCCCCACCACAAUUCCCAUAGCCAUGAACACAGUCAAGAGCAUGGAAACAGCCAUGAACAUAGUCAAGAGUCACCAGAACAUACAUCUUCUCAACUGAACUCUCAGUCUUUGGAGGAUCGUGAUGAGAUCACUGAGCAACAGACCCUUUUGGCCUCUUCCAGCAAAAGUCAUGAAGAUGAUGAUGAUCAUAGUGAUGUUUCCAAAGACGACGAUCAUCCGGAUUCAGAUGAAUCCGAUGAGUCUCAUGAAACCGUCACUGACUUUCCCACUGAGGCUCCCACCACUAAUUCCAGAGGAGACGUCCCAUUUUAUGAAUUCAGGUCAAAAGUUGACCAGAUGAGUUUGGAAAGAUCUGGAAAGUUCGAUUCUCAAGACGUUUCCGAUGAAGUGGACAGCAGCCCAGAUGAUGAAAGCCAUGAAUAUGCUAAGGCCCGUUCUCUGGAAAGCCACGAAAGAGACGACAAAAGUAACCUGAGGGACAGCAAUGAAGUCCACAGUGCAUCUCACGACACAAGUCUAGAGGACCACAGCCCAGAAAAACCUGAGAGUGUGGAAGACAGCCGCGACCACAGCAAAGCUGCCCUUUCCUUAGAAAGCACGGAGAGCGGAGAGCAGAGAAAAGAUCACAGUGAGGAACUCCAACAGCUAGACAGCAGUCCCGAUGAUGUCAGCAACCAAACUUUGGAAAGCGCCGAAGAUCACCACAGCGCCGAAGACCAACAUAGUGUUGAGCAUCACGAUAGUGUUGAGGACAAUGAGGUCAUUCUCUAAAAGGGUUAAGAUAGGCCGAUAUUUCUCUGAGGGAGCUCGCCAGACGUUUUGCAUGUAAGGGCCCAACUAAGAUCAAAGCCCAACUCCUCCAUCACCAGUGUUUUUGUUUUGCUGAGUUGCAAAAAAAGAGAGAGAGAGAGUGAGUGAGUGAGAAGGCCAACACAACUUGAAUGUUUGCUCCCACUUAUAUACACAUAAUUCGGAUUUCAGGCCGUAGCAAUUUGUAACUAGCAGCAAAUGUAAACAAUGCUGCCCGGUCCUGUUCAUGCUUAUUUGGGAGUCGAUCUGAUAGAUCUUCAGUAGAAUUUGCUCCAGAUAAACAUGCUUAGGAUAUUAGUGUUUAAAUGAACAAUAAGAGUAGUCAUGAUGAUUAGAGAAUAUUAAUGCCCUACUUGGUGCGUAAGUCCCGCUCUGUCUCACAGUCGCUUGCUCUGAAGAAGAAAGAGGAAAAAAUGCUUGGGAAAAAUCUAGUUUUACAUUCCCACUGAUUUUUUGUGUAUCUUACAAUGCUGUACUUCUGAAAUGUUUAAUAUUGCAGUGUAUAUUUUGUUGACAGUUGUGAGUUAAAUAAAGUGACAAAACUGUA